AUGUCUGACGAUGACGACUUUAUGCAAGACUCCGGCGAUGAGGAGUAUGACUUCGAGUAUGAAGACGACGAUGAAGAGCAGAGCGGCGAUGUCGACAUCGAGAACAAGUAUUAUAACGCGAAGCAGCUCAAGGCCGAUGAUCCCGAGGCAGCCAUAGACGAGUUCUUGGGUAUGCCUGCGCUGGAAGAAGAGAAGUCGGACUGGGGCUUCAAGGGCCUAAAGCAGGCAAUCAAGCUGGAGUUUAAGCUCGCGCGCUACGACAAGGCUGUAGAGCAUUAUAAGGAGCUUCUGACUUACGUCAAGUCGGCUGUGACGCGCAACUACUCGGAGAAGUCGAUUAACAACAUGCUCGACUUUAUAGAAAAGGCUGCAGAAGAUGUUAAUGCCUACCGCUGCAUGGAGAAAUUCUAUGCUCUUACCCUUGAUAUCUUCCAGAGCACCAAUAACGAGCGGCUUUGGCUGAAGACCAACAUCAAGCUCGCCCGGCUGUGGUUGGACAGGAAGGACUAUCGACAGCUUACGGACAAGCUCCGGGAGUUGCACAAAGCCUGUCAACUCGAGGAUGGGAGCGACGACCCGAGCAAGGGCACAUAUUCAUUGGAGGUGUACUCGCUGGAGAUUCUCAUGUAUGCCGAGACCAGGAAUAACAAGCGGUUAAAAGCACUAUAUCAGCGAGCGCUCAAGGUCAAAUCGGCGGUUCCACAUCCCAAGAUUAUGGGAAUUAUCCGGGAAUGCGAGAACUGGAAGGGGGCGCAAAGCGACUUUUUCGAGAGUUUCAAGAACUACGAUGAGGCUGGAUCGCUCCAGAGGAUCCAGGUUCUGAAGUAUCUGGUGCUUGCAACGAUGUUGUCAGGGUCGGAUAUCAAUCCGUUUGACUCGCAAGAGACCAAACCCUACCAGAGUGACCCGCGUAUCUCUACCAUGACGGAUCUUGUCAACGCCUACCAGCUCGAAGACAUUCACGGGUACGAGAAGAUUCUGCAGAACAACAAGGAUCUGCUGGAAGACCCGUUUAUUGCCGAGAACAUUGACGAAGUCACGCGGAACGUGCGCACCAAGGCGGUCGUUAAGCUGGUUGCACCCUACACCCGGUUCACACUGGCAUUCAUCUCGAAACAGCUUAAGAUCUCCCUUUCCGAGGUCCAAGAGAUCGUAGGGUUUCUGAUCGUCGACAAGCGGCUACGCGGCAAGAUCAACCAGCAGAAUGGAACGGUGGAGAUAGAGAGUAGUACAGACAUGGAUCGGGUGCAGGCGAUGAAGGAAUGGAGUAGUGCGAUUGGAUGUCUCUGGCAGACGGUGUUGAACGAGGGGGAUGGGUUCAAAUCAGACGAGAGUGGCUCGCAUGGUGGUAAUACAGGGGGCCCAGGCAUGGUUUGGAGCCAAGGCUCCAUGGGCGGCAAGUCUGGACGAGGAAAAGUUAAGGGCGCGGGGCGGAUGUCGGGACUGGUAGGGAAAGGAUGA